AUGCCUGCACCAUUGUCAGCGACGCCGCUGCUGGAAAAGUACUCUGCAUCUGCUUCUCCUACACGACUUCUGCCCCACUGCACAAACUCGCGCUCCCACCUCACUGUGGAGACGGGAGUGGGGAGAGGGGGGGUGAAGUUGAUGCGUCUGAGAGGCGAUGUCUGCGAGGCUGUGAGCAGUCGCUGCGGGAAGGAGAUGAUGUAUGUUGAAUUCACUCCAAUCCAACGACUGGGAGGGGCUCAUCAAGGCAGGGCUGCUGAUGGGUCUGGCGGAGGCUGCAGAGGACAGUUUAGAACGCCCUGUGAUGCUCCCUUUUCCACCAACCACCCCCGGUUCCUCCCUUCCCACGCGUCCGUCAUCCCUGACCCUUCCAGCUCGCUGCCAAUACACCACCUCAG